AUGGAGGAUUAUGUAGUUAAGGUGAUCUUUUUGGGAGUAAUCUCAUGGACAACGUUGUUCUUGGUGACGAGGAAGGCUUUUUCGGGCCGUUCUUUCGAUUUUUGCAACCGCAUUGUGUCGACGGUUCACGCUUGCUCGGCCGUGCUCUUGGCGUCCCUUUCGGUACAAGACUGGGCCUGCCCGGUUUGCCCUCUCGCUUCUCAGUCUUCCCCUAACCAGAUGAAAACAAUUGGAGUAUCAGUGGCAUAUUUGAUAUAUGAUUUGGUGUGCUGUGUAUUUGACAACAAAGUCAAGGUUGACAAUGCAAUUCAUCAUCUGGUCAGCAUUGUUGGGCUUCUGGCUGGGCUUGCUUAUCAAAGGUGUGGAUCAGAAAUGGUGGCAGCCUUGUGGAUUACAGAGAUUUCAAGCCCAUUCUUACAUCUAAGGGAGCUUCUAAAAGAGCUUGGGUAUAAAGAUACUGACCUCAAUUUGGCAGCUGAUAUUGCUUUUGCAGCCAUUUUCACAUUUGCAAGGAUGAUUGGUGGGCCAUAUCUCACUUAUGUCACUCUUUCUGCACAUAACCCCCUUUUAAUUAAGGCAAUGGCUUUGGGGCUACAGAUGGUGAGUACAUUUUGGUUCUACAAGAUUGCAAGGAUGGAUCGUCGAUUUCAAGCUAGCGAAGCUGUCACAGAGGGGUGUGGCGGGCUCAAAGCUUUCCCAACUUCAAGGGACGAAACGAUACCUGGCAUCGCCGCCAAGAUCGGCGUGUUUGGGUUCGAGGAAGUGUGCUGCUAG